CUGUAUAAACAAUUCUUGUUAUCUCUAUUUAUCAGAAAGUACUGAAUUGAAGGAAUCUUUCUCAAACUUCAUCUGUAUAUUCCACUUUUUACUUAGUUAUGCAUAUUGCAUUUUGGGACAAAUUGGAAAACAACAUGACCGAUAGGUGGCCAUCUUAUACAUGUAUAUGUUUCCGUAAUUUUCAUAUGUCACAGUACUAGGUUUUGCUUAAUUUGUGAGUAUUCUGUAUAUUCAGGCAAAAUGUUAUGAUGUCCGUCCUGCCUCGCUUCAACUUCGCAUACAUAAGCGUGAUGUCUAUUAUGCACCUUUUCCUUUUUUUCACACAUCCAAGAUGGCCACAACGACCUCUGGUUGGCUGAAAACAUAUCCUGUGAAGAAGUUUGCAGAAAGAAACAAAAAGGCAAGAAUAUUGUGUUUGGCUUUGAUAAAUGAGACUUACUGUUAUGAAGGUGAUGAAGUAUUGAAGGAUCACUUUGCAAGGGACCCAGCAGUUUUUGCAAAGUUUAAAGAGGCCAUUCAUAUCCUUCCUAGUACAUCAGAUGCAGUGGUACCAGAAAUCGAACAGAGAGGCCUGUCAGAAAUGGUCCUAAAGGAUGUAGCUGAAAUGGAUGUCCAUGAGCUCAGGAGCAUAGUAACUGCUGCGUGUGGACCUGAAAAAGCCUCAUCAACUAGAGAUGACAGAAGGAACCGGUUUCGACCAGAAAAUGCACCACAAUGGUGGAAGGACACUGGACUGCCAUUUGUGUCGGUUAACCAUCCUAAAGGACAACGUAAAUUUGGGAGAGCAGAUCUUUGUCGCCUCGUGACAGCCUUCCAACAUGUCAAUGCUGCUGUGACUGUCACUGCCUCCUCUACCUCUGUGGCCACAACUGCCUCCUCUACCUCUGUGGCCACAACUGCCUCCUCUACCUCUGUGGCCACAACUGCCUCCUCGACCUCUGUGGCCACAACUGCCUCCUCUACCUCUGUGGCCACAACUGCCUCCUCGACCUCUGUGGCCACAACUGCCUCCUCUACCUCUGUGGCCACAACUGCCUCCUCUAUCUCUGUGGCCACAACUACCUCCUCUACCUCUGUGGCCACAGCUGCCUCCUCUACCUCUGUGGCCACAACUGCCUCCUCUACCUCUGUGGCCACAACUGCCUCCUCUACCUCUGUGGCCACAACUGCCUCCUCUACCUCUGUGGCCACAACUGCCUCCUCUACCUCUGUGGCCACAACUGCCUCAUCUGCCUCUUCCUUGAAGGGUAUUUCUUCUCCUGGGACCUCAUUUGGAUCUCUCCAUUCCCAAAGCACACUGAGAAGGAAAUUGCACCUUAAUAACUUGUUGAAACAAGAGGCAAAGGAUUACUAUGCAGUAAUGAAAGUUCUUGGGACAUGUGAAGAUUGGCAGGAGUUUUGCUGUCUCUGUGAUGAUGUAAAGUCAGAACUGCCAACUCUUUCGGAACAAUUGUCAAACUCGUGGACAGUUCCAACACUACUGGACAGCAACCCACUAUACAAGAACCACAUUCCUGCAUCAGUAGGAAACCGCGUCUGCUUGACUGCAAAGGCGGAUGGGAAUUGUAUUUUUAAUUCGAUUUCCACAUCUCUGUAUGGAAAUGAAACCAAUGCCAAGUUGGUUCGGUUAGCAUCAGUUGUCCACAUGGCAGAAUAUGUGUUGGAUUACUCAAAAUAUAUUGUAGAGGAAUUCAAAGAAAAUGCUCAAGCGUGGAUUGCUGCAAUUUGUGGAAAUCCACCCACAGGCGACCUCCGCAAUCUAGCAGUUAUAGAAAAAAUCUGCAGGGAGGAAAUAAUGGAAACUGUUAGGAAUCCUUACAGAGACUGCUCCAUGUUCCAUCUUCAUAUGGUGGCAAAUGUAUUGCGACGGCCCAUCACCAACCACUUCAGUGGUAAUCGCCACGAAUUUCUGCUGGGACAAUACUUGUUCCCACCUUUAAGUGAGGUGUUGUACCCUGCAGCCAUCCAUCUUGCAUGGGUACCAACCAAACCGAGCAGGUAUGCAACAAUUAAUCAUGUUGUGCCAGCAGUUUGUCCUCUUGGCCCCUUUGGGACACAUUUAGAUGAAUGUGUGUUUGAGGGUUUGCAAUGCUGCACAGUUAUGCACAAUGCAAAUCCGGAAAUUAAUCCUAAGUGGAUUGAGUGCAGCAGGUGUGGGCAAUGGAUGCACGAUGUUUGCAUCAAAAUGGACAUUUCUAACAUCACAGAGGAGGAUGAGUUUUUCUGUGGAUGUGACAGAAUUGCAAAUGAAAAAGUAAAGCUGAAAAGGAUAUUGUUGCUGACAACUCUACAUCAUUGCGUAGAUACGUCAACAAAAAUGAUGGUUACCGAAAAUUUAAAAGAUAUUUGGCAAUGGGCAGAUCCGGGCCAUUUGAGGAUGAUUUGAUGGUGGAAAUAUCGGUUGAGUUGCAGAAACUCCUGAAUGGUACUCCAUCUGAUGCCAUUGAAAUUUUCAUGCCAGAGACAUUGAUGCAGAUACUUCAACAUAAAGAAGGGAUGAACAGAAUUCUGGCUGUAUAUGUCCUCUUGGGAAAUUUUGUGUUAUGCAAGGGAAGCAUGACCUGUUAUAAUGGACGUUCAUAUGUAACAAAAGUACAAUUAUCAGAUAGUUAAAAAGGAUAUGAUAAUGAACUAAUACAUAUAUUUGUAAAUAAGAUAAAGGGUCAUCGCGGUAAAAACGUUAUUUUCAUUGAAUGUACAUGUUUUGUUCCUUUCCAGUUAUGUUUCUAUGCUAUCCCAAUAUUCACAGUCGAACCCUGCUGGACCACAUUAUUUAGUUUGGAAUUCCUCUCUAAAAUUAUUUUUGAAUCAUCGCGUGACUGUUUUGAAAUCGAGGCAAUUUUAUUUGUAAAAACAAACACACAUGACUUAAAGUCGAAAUAUUCCAUCUGGGUUAGUUGGAUAACGAUAUUAUACAGUGGUUUAAAUGUUAAAUAACACCUUCUGUACAUAUUCCGGCGCAGAUAUUUAUGUGUAUAUAAGUGUAAACACUGUACAUAUACUAAAGUAACGUUAGCGAAGUACUAAUACAGACUGUAAAAAUAUUACUGAGUUUAUUAUGGUCUAGUAUCCAGCAAUCAAGCAGAAUACAAGCAGCGUCCGUAUUACUACAGUCAUUCUAUUGUACUGCUUCUCCAGUGUAAUUCUAGGGUUGUCUUUGACCCAAUUGGCCAUUAUUCUCUUUAUUGAGGAAGCUGUUAUCGUUUUCAACCACAGUCGAUUGUUGUGCACAUGCGUUUUAUCGUGUAUGUCACAAAAUUUACAUAUCCAGACUGUUGAUCAAUGAAUUGUGAUAACCUUUUUAUAAUUAAUAAUUGAUGUUUUUUAUAUACAUAUAUCAUCAAAUUCGAAUGGUUAUUGUUCAUAAGGUUAUAGUUUUUGAAGAUUACCCAAUAAUAUGAAAAAAUACAAAAUAAAAAUUGGUUUACCAUGAUGUCCUUUUAAGUAAUAAGAUGACAAUGGCAAAAUACAACUGUUUUUGUUUGAGAAUUGCAUAUUGUAAUAAACGAAAUUUCAGUCUGUUGGUACAUUGUAAAAAGACUAGAUACUAAUGUAUAGCCACAACCAUAUUCAUAAUUGCAUUUGUAGAGCCAAUUUAACAUGUUACAUUGUUACACCAUAUUAAUUUGCACAUUUUUAGCUCCUGAACGGCUUGUGUUAUUUGCAUACAUGUUGCUGAUUUUUUUUUUUUUUUUUGUGACCAAAGUUAAAUUGUUCAUGUACAAGAUGAACAUAGGUGUUCUGAGUAUUGAGUCCUAUGGGUCAGUGACGGUAAGGGGUUUAGGAUUGCUUACAGAGUUUUUGAAAUUAAUUUCUUGAAAAUGGUCAUUGAUGUAACUUAUGAAGACUGUCAUGUGUUUUUAAUAACCCGACAACCUUAGAUUAAAUCAGUAAAUAACAAUUUGCAGUCAAGAUUCCAUGGCUAGAAGUCAACCAAAAUUGUGAAUUAUAUGGUCCGUGACUGACCCCCAGGGAUUGAUGGGCAGGCCCAAAAGGGUCAAAUUAACUGAAAUUUCAAAAAAAAAAAAACAUCUUCUCAAACCCCAAUUAAGGUAGAAUCAAAUAUUUUUUAUAGAUAGAAGGGUCUUAAGGUACUGUACCAAAAUAGGGAAUUUCAUGACACUAUGGUCUCAUGUUUGCCCCUUGGGAGGGGAUUAACUUAACUAUAGUUUAUAUAGGGAAAUCACAUUUUUGGCUAUCAUUUGUUAGCUCACCGGUUACGAGUAUCCAUGAGCUAAUGCUGUGCCCCCGGCAUCCGGGUCAGCGUCCCACCGCACUUCAAAUAUUUUGGGAUCAGCUUUUGGAAAGCUUGUAAGUCCAAAAGUAUACAUCUCACACCCUUCUUAUUUGGUUUAUACAUUCAUUAGAGGUCUAAAAGUGAUGUUAUGGCAAAUCAUGGUGGAAAAGAUUGUGAUUUUUUUUUUGACAUUUUACCAUUUAGUGGACUUAAUUUUUUUGACACCAAAACGCACUUAAAAGAAUUUUGGGGUAAGUUUUGGAAAGCUUGUAAGUCCACACCCUUCUUACUUAGUUUAUACAUCCAUUUGAGGUUUAGGAGCGAUAUUAUGUGACGUACAAUUUCAAACUGACAUGCGUAUACAUACAUAAGAAAUGAAUGCAUAGUGUGAUUGCUGCUGCCGGUGAGCUUUCGCAAUCAUUGAUUGCACUUGUUUUAUUUCUAUUGGAAUUCAUUUCUAACUUGUUUCAAAUUUGCAGGAUGGGAUGACAGUUUGAUGGUAUGUACAUGUUGGACAGACUGAACCCUGGGGACUAAUGGAUGGGGUCAGCAAGGGUCAAAUUUAUUGAAAUUUCAAAAUAAAAUAAAGUAGAGUCAAAAAAGGUCCUUAAGGUGCUUUACCAAAAUUGUGAAUUUUAUUACCCUUGGGGUCACGUUUGCCCCUAGGGAGGGAGUAAACUUUCUUAUAGUUAAAUAGGGAAAUCACAUUUUUGAUUAUUAUUUGUUAGAAAAAAAUUUUUACUGUCGCCAUUUUUAAGAAAUUUUGAUGUGACAUUUUUGGAAAAAAUAUAACUAAAUUGACUAAUUUUGAAAACGAAAACCUCCCAUCUGAGCAAAUGAUAUCUCUUCAUAUAUGAUUUAACACUUGCAUGGGCGUAUGCUGCCCAUCUUUGCCUUUUAUUUGUGUUUGACAUAACCAUUGCUUUUUAUAUGUAUAUUUAUGUGUUUUUAAGUUCAUUUUAAUAAAAUAAUAUGGAAGGCCACUCACAGAGGUGAGCCCAAAUAUUUUGCCAUGA